AUGAUCAACCUGUUCAAAGGCCACCCCAGCGACGACUUAUUUCCGGAAAAGGAAGUGUUGGCCGCCGCCGCGUCAUUGCUGUCACGUGACCGCCCGGAAGACGACGACGACGAAAACCGACAUCCCCUUACCUAUGGGCCUGAUCAGGGUGCUUUGUACGUCCGGCAGCUGAUCGCCAAGUGGGUCACGGAGCGGGAGCUGCUGGAAAAGACUCCGAUUGCCGCCAAUUGCAUUAAUCUCACCUGUGGCGCUUCUUUUGGUUUUGCAGAUAUUCUGCAGUCUUGCACUCUUCCCCAGACUGGUUACACUCGACGGGCAUUCAUUGUUUCGCCGUGCUACUACCUCAUCAAUUCGGUUUUCAUUGAUUGUGGGUUCAAGGGCAAACUGACCGCAAUUCGAGAGGAUUUCGGACGCCUGGAUCUGACCAAACUGGAAGCGGAUCUGGAGAAGUACUCUUCCGAGGAGGGCCAUGAACACGAAAAGUCACCUCUGGACGUUGUGGGAGACGAAUCGCGACCCACCAAGAAGAUUUACAAGUUUGUCUUCUACUUUGUGCCCACAUUCAGCAACCCCGGAAGUGCAAUCAUCCCUCUGGAGGACAGAGUCAAGCUGCUGGAACUCGCUCGAAAGUACGACAUGCUCAUUGUGUCUGACGACGUGUAUGACUUUCUGGAGCACUCGAUUGAGCGGGAGAAUCUGCCUCCCAGAAUGGUCACCCUCGAUCGUGAGACUGUAACCUCUACCCAUGGAAACACAGUCUCCAACCUCAGCUGCAGUAAACUACUGGGCCCUGGUCUGCGUGUUGGGUGGCAGGAGACUGCUACCGGCGCUCUCGCCCUCCAACUGGCCGAUUCCGGUGCCUCUAGAUCUGGAGGUACCCCUGCUCACCUCAACACCAUGAUUGUGGGCGAGAUGAUUAAGCUGGGUCUGUUUGAUAAGGUCGUUAACCAUCUCAACAAGAUUUACAAUGCACGAGCUACCGUCUACAAGGAAGCCCUCAAGAAAUACCUUCCCGAAGGUACCCAUAUCGAGGGUGGCGAUGGAGGCUACUUCAUUUGGGUGACUCUGGACAAAGUGGAUGCGCGAAAGAUGGUUGAGCUUGCCAAGGAGCGAGGUCUGGUUCUGGCGUCUGGAGACAAAUUUGAGGUAAAUGGUGAUCCCCAGAACUGGGGAAAGACCAGUGUCCGUGUCUCUGUUAGUUAUACUGAUGCUGAUAAGGCUCUGGAGGGAAUCAAAAUCUGGGGCGGGGUUUGCGAUGAUCUGAUCAAGUGGGACGAGGCCAUUGAUGUGUGUUAA